CGUAUGUGUACCAACAACUUUGCUUUGUGUGACCUCUUGUGACUUCUUGUCACGCCCUGCCCACGGACCCCAACAAACUUUUGUUAACGGCGACUCGCUCCUCAAGACUCUUCAAGACACUCUGAAGCAAUCAUGGCCAGGGGACCCAAAAAGCAUUUGAAGCGCCUUUCAGCGCCCUCAUCAUGGAUGUUGGACAAGCUCAGCGGGACCUACGCUCCCCGUCCUUCGCCUGGUCCCCACAAGCUUCGCGAAUCCCUCCCUCUCACCGUCUUCCUCCGCAACCGUCUAAAGUAUGCCCUUACUGGUCGUGAAGUCACUGCUAUCGUCAUGCAGCGUCUCAUCAAAAUUGACGGAAAAGUGCGCACUGACGCUACCUACCCUGCUGGAUUCCAGGAUGUCAUUUCCAUCGAGAAGUCUGGCGAGUACUUCCGUCUACUCUACGAUGUCAAGGGUCGCUUCACGAUCCACCGCAUCACCGCUGAAGAAGCCAGCUACAAGCUCCUCAAGGUCCGCAAGGUCGCUUUUGGUGCCCGUGGUAUCCCCCAUGUUGUCACCCAUGAUGGCCGAACCAUCCGGUAUCCCGACCCCCUCAUCAAGGUCAACGACACCAUCAAGUUCGACCUUGAACAGAACAAAAUCGUCGACUUUGUCAAGUUCGACACUGGCAACAUUGUCAUGGUGACGGGCGGUCGUAACAUGGGUCGUGUUGGUGUUAUCGUACACAGAGAGAAGCACGUCGGAGGAUUCGAUAUUGUUCACGUCAAGGAUUCCUUGGACCGAACAUUCGCUACCCGGGUAUCUAACAUUUUCGUCAUUGGUGAGGGCGCCAAGCCUUGGAUAUCGCUGCCUAAGGGUAAGGGUGUCAAACUCACUAUCUCUGAGGAGCGUGACGUUAGGCGAAAACGGGCCACGGCGGAGUAGAUGUUCUUUAUGUGCUAUGUUGUGUCUGUGUGACCUCCUACUUCCACAUUCAAUUUAUGUCAUGCAACCCAUGGUCGAUAUCCCAAGCGU